AUGGAAAAUUUCGCCGAGAGUCAAGAUGGGGAUGCACCUCCCUCAGCACGCCCGCAUGGCUUGUUUGGUAAGAAGCUCCAGCGGCAAGCAAAACGCCCAGUUGGACAUCCUGAGCCCUCAGAGAGCCGCCCUCACCGCCUGUUUGAGGCAGUUGAAACGAAAUAUGAACAGGGUGGUAAUCAGGAGGAAGGCGGGCACGAGAAGGGCCGCCGCCACUUCUUCGCAUCUUCUUCAGAUGGCAGUUCACUAGGGCCCCGCCAAGAAUGCAAGCCCAGAAGUAGCUUCCAAAGGCGAAGCCGCACCAGGGGUCCCUUCACUGCUCAUGAAGUAAGGAGACACCAGCAGAGCCAGGAAGUGGAACACCCUCCGGGUUCCCAUGGGCCCACCGGCCCAUCGAUGGCAGCACCGUUCUUGACGGUGGAUUGGAAGGAGACAAGAAAAGCGCCGGAGAAUACACAGGCGCCUGGGCGGCAACAGCAGGAGCAAGUACAGAAACGCGUCUGGAUACAACGCGAUAACGGAGAGCGACAAAGGCGAAGCACAUGGGGCAGAUCACAGCAGUAUGUGUGGCGGCCAGUAGCACACGAGAAAGUGGGCCUGGACGCUCAAAAUCAUGAGCAGCAGCAGCACCAACAGCAUCGAAGGGGGCAGCAUCACGUUGAGCAGCGCCAAAAGCAGCAUGAGCGGCAGCAGCAGCGGCGACAAACGCCUAACCAGAAUGUGCAAAGAAGCCACUCGCAGCAGCAACAAGGGCUACAACCUGAUUGCCAACAGCUGCGGCAACAGCCACUUGAGGGCCAGCAGCGGAAGACGCGCCACCAACAGCAGCAGCAGCAACAGCAGCAACAGCAACAGCAGCAGCAGCAGCGACAGGGUCAGCAGCCUGUGUCUUCUCGACCGGCUUGCGUGCGACCCCAAUUGGAUGGAACAACCUCUGCUGUAGUUGUGGAGCUACAGAGACUGCAGCGUCAGUUUAGGAGCUCCUUUUCUCUGUUAUCAUGUCAUCCGUUGCUACUGCCUUUGCUGUUGCAGCACCCGUAUGGUGCAAGCAAGCGGAAUUCAUUACCUUGUGAGGCAGGCCCCUCUCCCCGAAGGAGUUUUCCAGCUGCAGAAACUCACCUCACAAUACACGAAUCAAGCAAUACAGUCUGGGCGGCAGCUAAGGCCCCCCCCGCUGCUUCGUCUACUCUCGAUAUCUGCAAGAACCUUCAGGACAGCUGCCGAGUUAGCUGUGGGCAGGAGGUAGUUGCUACUGGUGGAGAUGCAGCUAGUUGUGAGCCAGAAGCAGCUAGCUCGGUAUUGUGCAAGUUUGAGUUGGUGCUGGUCCCAACAGAUCCCGAGUUUGAUGCGAAUCUAUUGCCACGUGGGCUGCGUCUGUGUGUGACAAUGGGGAAGACGUAUCCGGGGGCCGAGGCGGUACUGAAGGAGUCGUCUGGAUUCAAGGACGGCUUCAUCGAUGCAGAAGAAGACGCAGCUGUUGCCACUUCCGCUGCACUUGCUGCAGCUGUCUCCGAAGGGUCCAUGAGCAAGCCAAAGCCACAACACGCAGCCAAGGAUGAUGUCGAUUUUGGACCCACUGACCAACAAGUUGCAGCAGCUGAUAGAACAACAUUAACACCACGUUCAACCGAUGAAGGCGGUGGAAUUAUUUCUAGUGUGUCCUCUAGUGCCAGAUUGGAGGACGUCGACCCUCCUGUUAAGAGACUGAGUCGAGAGCCUUCGUCAUCUGUAGCUGUUUUAAAAGUCUGCAAUGAGGAGAUAAACGACUUGCGCCGAGAUGCUAUAGAAUUGGUGUUUUCCAAAGUCGUCGAACAACAGCUCACUAAGCACGAAAAGACAGACAUCACUGGAAGAAGCGGUGGUGCUGUACCGUCGGGUAGCGGAGCCAACUUUGCGUUGGCGGAACAUCAGCAGCCAUGUGGGAAGCCGGACAGCCAAAGAGUAGCAACGGAAGGCGAAAGUACCAGCAAACUUGACGAAGUGAAAGAGCCUCACGAGAGCACGAGUGAAGCAGUACUUGCCAGUAAAAAGCAAGAUGGAGAAGUUCAGCUGGAGGCGGAGGAGGGACGAGCUCAGGCUGUGCGCGGCAGCGAUGUUUCUCUGAUUGGUAGCAAAACAGAAGGAGUAUCGUCUUUGCAUCUGAGCUGCAUCCAGCUACAAGUCGUCUGUGGCCGAUGCAGAGCGGCAGUGGACUUGCGCGUUGCCUUGCCGAAGGAUGGAGCCUCUUUGGAGGCUGCAGGUAACUUCUUAAAUGCUAAAGAUGUUUAA